AUUUGCUUUCUUCCCCAAUGCGUUCAAGCUCUUCUCUCAAUGAACAUUUUUUUUUUAUAAAAAAAAACACACACACACAAGAACUCCUUGAAAACCCAGCAAGCUAUAUAUUUCCUGAAAUCCCUCUUGGGUUUCUCUCCCUUUGUUCUCUCUCUAGAUUCUUCUCUGUCUUCUCUCAAAUUUCACUUGCUGCUAAUAUACCAACUGCUGCAAAAGAGAAGCAAGCUAUGGACAGACGCCGCAGAAAACAACCCAAGACCAGCACCUGUUGCUCUGAAGAGGUGAGCAGUAUUGAGUGGGAGUUCAUAAACAUGUCUGAACAAGAAGAAGAUCUCAUUUGCAGAAUGUACAAGCUCGUCGGAGACAGGUGGGGUCUUAUAGCUGGGAGGAUUCCAGGCAGGAAAGCAGAAGAAAUAGAGAGGUUCUGGUUAAUGAGACAUGGAGAAGUAUUUGCAAGUAGAAGAAGAACAGAGCUUAAGAGUAAUAAUAAGAGAUACAACUCCUGAUGAUGAUUUCCCUUGUCAGUCGGAAAUCCAGUAGGUUAGGCUAAACAAAUUCAAUUUCCCCUUAACUCCUAUCCAUGUGUUUAUUUUUCCCUUUUAACUCCUACCUAUGUGUGUCACAAGGUGAGGUAGUUGUAACUUACCUGUUUGGCUGAAGUUAUUGAGACUUGCCUGCCUUCUCUC